AUGCUUCUCAACUCCAAACUCAUGCUCGCCCAAGCGGCUGUUGCCUUUGCAGCCCCUCGAACUCAGAACCAAUGGGCCCCGUGCGAAAUCCCAGGCCAAACCAUGCCAGUGGUCUGCGGCGGGUAUCGAGUUCCGCUGGAUUACCUGGCACCCAACUCAAGUGAGACGAUCGAGCUCAGACUUUAUAAAGUGGCUGCGACAAAGCAGCCUUCACAAGGAACCAUCUUGUUCAACUUUGGCGGUCCCGGACUUCCAGGUGGACCCUUUCUAGCAAAAAGGGCGGAUCAACUUCUGAGGUAUACCGGCGGCUCCUUUGAUCUUGUUACCCUUGAUCCAAGGGGAACUACACCAUACACACUCCCGUUCUCGUGCUUCGCCACCCCAAAAGACUACAAGGACUGGAACUCUGCGAACACAGCUUGGCCUUGGAACUCUUCCGAUACAACGCUUGGUGAAAAUUGGGCCAUCACGAAGGUUUACACCGGCAUCUGCGCCAACAAUACCAACAUCACGACCUCCGGGGGCUACAUCGGAACCGCGUACACAGCAAGGGAUUACAUGUCUGUCGCUACCGUCCUGGGCGAGGAUGGGCUGCUGAGAUACUGGGGCACGUCAUAUGGCGCUGUGUUGGGCGCAACCAUUGCAGCCAUGUUCCCAGAUCGCAUCGAUAGGAUGAUUCUGGACGCUGUCAUGAAUAUCCAUGAGUACUGGCACUCUCAAGACGUCGAGACGCUGACAGACGCGGACAAAGCCUUCUCCAAAUUCUUGGAAGAAUGCUUCGAUGCAGGCGAGGAGAAAUUCUUCGAUGACCCCUAUGGAGGAGCUGAGGCCUAUUACGCUAUUUACUGCGCCGACAAAAUGAUGAGGACAGACCGCAUCGAAGAUGUCAUGCCAUUUCUGGAGAAGAUGGUGCAGCUCAGCAGAAUUAAGGGCGAUGUUGCGGAAGAUGUCAUGAUAUGCUCCCAAUGGCCGGUCGAAUCCAAGGAGCGAUACCUAGGUGACUAUAACGUGCAGACCAAGCAUCCGCUCCUUAUCAUCGGUAACACGUACGACGCCGUCACACCUUUCGUCUCGGCAAAGAAUGCCAGUGAAUCCUUCCCGGGAAGCGCUCUACUGGAACAUGGAGGCUUUGGACACGGCUCUUCUGCGCAGACCUCGGUUUGUACCACAAAGGCCAUCCACGAUUACUUUGUAAGCGGCAAGUUACCCGAGCCCGGCACUGUGUGCGAACCGGACUUGCCCUUUUUCGACCUAGACGUAAAAUGGUCCGACGUCAUCCCCGAAGAUUUGUCGUAG